GUAACAACCGUCUCAAUGGUCGGUUCCCCAAGCACACAGAAUCUAACCACAACAACUCGUGUGUACGAACACAUCGCACCUGUUACUCUUCUGUUCUUUUUUGGAGUUGUUGGAAACGCCAUAGCUCUAUUUGUUUUGUGCUAUUCUGCAAAGGAUCACAAAUGGCGCCCGUUCUACAGACUUGUGUGCGGACUAGCUAUUUCUGAUGGCGGAGGAAUACUAGCGUCAUAUCCGUUCGCCGAGUACCGCUAUAUUUCAAAUUUCGAGUACACUUUUCCAAAACCCCUCUGUGAUUAUCUGGGCUUUGUUUUCAUGUUUACUCUAAUGUCGUCUGCAAUGAUCGUCUGUUGUAUGUCGUUUGACCGCUUCUUUGCCAUAUUCUUUCCCUUUCUUUACAACACGCCAACAAAGGAGCGUCGAGCUUUGGUUAUGCUAGCCUGUGCCUGGACUUUAUCAGGGGUCAUCAGCUCCUUACAUCUGUACGGAUUAGGCGCCAGUAAGAACUAUUAUCCGGGUUCCUGGUGUUUUCUGGAUUUUAUUGACAUGUCAUCUAAAGCAAAAGUGAUUUAUUCCUACAUCUAUGCCGCAACUGGGGCGGUGGUCCUCAUCUUGACUAUGCUUAUAAACGUGUUGGUUAUUGUGUUCUUCUUAAAAAAUAAAUUUAGUAAGACAGUAAACAAGACCAACAGGAACGAACUUUCGGUUGUUCUCUUUCUGUUGAUGAUUGUGACAGUCUUUACUUCCUGUUGGGCGCCUCUUGUGGUCAACAUAUUCCAGCAUGCUACUUUCUCUAUUGUCGGACAAGGUAGAACAGAGUUGAUUGUUCUGCGCAUGGGCGUGACUAACUCUGUCAUAGACCCAUGGAUCUACAUCCUGUUCCGAAAAGAAGCAUGUGGUAUGGUAAUGAAUUGUUUUAAUAAGAUUUUGAAUCGUAAGAAGGAAUCACACAACAAGAGUGACGUACCAAAAGUGGCAUCAAAAAUAACAAUUCUUUAGUAAGCUAGAAGUACUUUGAA